AUAAAUAAAUUUCUACUCAAUGUAAUCCCAAUUUAAGGUUAGGGGCCAAAAAAAAGGCAUUAGUUUUCCAAACUGAUAUAGAUUAAUUAUAGAAGACCAAUUUAAUUCGCGGGAAAUGGAUGAAUCAUCACAGGCGUCGUCAUCGGAAGCGGCGACGGAUGGGAUAGAUCUAUCGCCGGAGCUGGUAGCUGCGAUCACGGAACCUGGCGUGGAUCAACCGACCACGACUCCGACUUCCGGACUGGACUCCCAUGGGCAGGAGUGUAUCGAAUCGAAACCGAAGUUUAGCCAGAGCGAUAUCCUGAAAGCAGUGGAGGUGGUGGAGAGAGAUUCUCUUGCUAUCGCCGAGAGCUUCUCCUCUCUCUUCGCUUCGCUUCGUCUGGCUCUCUCUGAGGUCACUAGCUGCUCAGUUGAUCACAUGCAGUGCUUUGCUGAUGCUGCAGGGCAGCUUCAAGAAUCUGCACUUGAUGCAGCAACAAAGGGGAAUCGGUAUAUAAAUUCAUGUCUCAGAUUAAAUGAGGAGAUGAAAGGUGUUGAUGGUUUAGCUUCAGAACUAAAAAUUAUUCGGAGGAAUGUAGAUGCUCUUGACACAGCUGUGAACAAGCUAUUGCGUCUACCAUGAUGUUGAACCAUCAACUACUAGAUGGACUUUGUUGUGCUGCAGUACUUGUUUCGUGUAGAACCUUCUUUUUACUUUUGUAGUUUGUAAUGAACUGUUUAAGAUGAUAAUAACCCUUUCCCAUUAUCUCUCCAAAAUAAAUUUGUACCUAUUUAUACAAGUCUUGAUAACCAGAAACUAGUUGUGUAUGCAUAAUGAACCAGCAGCUGUUAGCAAAUUGAGUUCAUUUUAGGACCAAGGCUCUGUAUUAGGGAUUUAAUUAAUACACUGUGGACUCCUUUUGCUCAUUUUU